GCUUCGGUAGCGAAAUGGCGUCGAUCGCUGUACCAUGGUAGGCAAACAAAAGCUGCCUCAAAACUCCGCAGUCCCUAAAUGUAAUGGUGAAUUCGGCAUCAUAUCCUAUUCCGAGUUGUAAUAAAAUCCAAUUAAAAGUGUAGGUAAAUGUGAAAAUCCCUCUGGAUUUGUUAUUUUAGUGCAAAGUGAUUGAAAAUCUUGUCAAUUUCCCAAGCUUUCGACAUAACCUAAUUGUAUUGACAUUUGUGUGAAAUUUGUUUUCAAACAUCAUCUGCGGAAAAUCUCUUGUUGUGUUUUAAAUAAAGCAAAUUACUAAACUCGAAAUCCCUUUGAAUGUUUGAGUGACGUCACUAGUCAAUUUUGUUGCAUGUUGACCUAAACAUACAGCUUAAAAGAUAAGUUUUUGUCGAAGAAUGUGUGCAAGAUUUGUUUAUUUAAUUGUUUAAAUUCGUCGCUAAUAUAAAAACAGAGUCUCCUUUGUUCUAGAAGUUGUCAAACUGUUCGAUUAAUGCAUGAGCGAUUGUGAGUAAGUACGCUUUCAGGAAGCUGUUGCUCCUUGAAUAAGUCACUUCGUUGAAAAUGUCGAGCCCCAACGAGUACCACAUGAGGGAAGUGGUCUUUACAGACUCCAGAUUCCAAUCUACCAGCAGCGCCGAAGAGGAGGCGGAAACAGGCUCAGAUGAGGAGCAGCCCAUUAUGUUUCACUACCACCAAGUGGAGAAAUCCGCCAUAAAACGCCGAGGACACUUACCCAAAGACGCUGUCAAAAUCCUGAAAAACUGGCUCUAUGAACACAGAUUUAAUGCUUAUCCAACUGAAGUGGAGAAAAAUAUACUCUCCCAGGAGACUAAUUUGACAGUCCUUCAAAUCAGUAAUUGGUUCAUUAAUGCGCGUAGACGAUAUUUGCCUGAAAUGAUGAGAAGGGAGGGUUACGACUCAAUGCACUACACUAUCACAAGGCGCAGGAGAGUCAGACGUGGAGUGAAUGGGGAGGUUUAUCACAAGGGGAGCAAGCAGAUGAGAAUUGAUGGGGGCAGUGAAGACAGUCAGUCAGAUUAUGAAGAAAAUACAAACGGCUACUGUGAGGAGGUCGCGAGUGAAAGGAAAUUUAAUCCCUGGCAAGCAGAUAUUCAUUAUGGACUUACUGUAAAUCCUGCUGAUAGAGGGACUGAGACUCUGGAAGUUGGCCACACUGAAGAAGUUGAGAGCACAAAUGACGUGACCAGCGUCGCUUCAUACCCUUCGAGUUUGGUGAUGGUGAAAACCACUUCGGGUAAAAACGUUAUAUUAAAAGUAGUUCCACAGCAGAGUGACUCUGAUGCCCCUAAAACUUUCCUUUUGAAAACUGCAAAGCUUAUCAAGCAACAGUCGGCCUCGCCGUGCGAAAUUUUACCAAAACAAGAAGUACUUGAGGAAGUUGAAGAAGACGAUAGUCAGUUGCAGUACGAGCAAGUUGAGGAGCAGAUUGAAGAGCAAGUGGCGUAUUGUGAAGACGUCGAAACGGAAGAUGGGGAGGUUGAAGAAGAGCAGAAUGUUAUCGAGGAGGGUACAUUUUUAAAUGAACAGUUGUUUGAGAACGCGAUGGUUGCUAAAACUUUUGAUGAUGAAGAAGUGUUUGUAAAUGAGGUGACCUUGGAAGAUAACGUAAAUGAGGUAACAAUAGCAGGUGAGGUCACAGUAGAGGCGGCGUCGAGCAAUGAAGAAGACGAAGAACAGCAAGAACAAGUUGUUAUGCUUGAGUAAUAACACACUUAACUAAUUUAUUUAUUGCAAGUUGAAAAUAAUCUUCUUACAUGUUAUUGUAAGUUUUUUUUGUACAAUGUACAAUUUCUUUUAUAGGAUUUGGAUGUAAUUAAUUGUACCCGAAAGUCAACAUAGUUAAAUAGAAUAUUUUUUAUAAAACUUUA